GGGAUCCCGGAGCCGGAGCCCGAGCCCGAGCGGGGCCGAGGCCGCCCAAGGCGCGCUGCGAGCGAGCGAAUAUGGCAGCAGAAUGAGGAGCCUGGCGCCGGGUGGUGUCCGCCGCUGCGGUGCUGCUGCUCGGGAUCGGCGCCUGGUACACUACGAGCCUCAUCCUUAGUCGGCCUCCGGGUGGCCUCUGGGUUCCAUUCGUUACCAAGGACUUGGGGAAAAAGAAGAUCCGCAGCCCACAGAGGGUGGUGAAGCGGGAGCGCCAUCCGGGAGAGAGAUUCUGCCGGGAUGAGCCGGCCAUGGGGCGGCCUCCGCGGGGCGCACGGAGCCGGCCGGCGCUGCGGCGGGAGCGCUGCCUGAGCCCGGGCUCCACGGGGCUUCGGGGCCUCGUGCGUCCUGGCGGAGUCCCUGCCGCUGUCUCCGGGAAGGACACGAGCCCCGAGUGGCGGGCACUGCAGCAGUCACCGCGCUGAGGCUCCCGGAGCCUGCAGGGUCUGUGGUUCGGUGCGCUGUCACGCCACCGCACUCGGGCGCCUUGCCCGGGGCUCGGCGGCUAGCGCAGCGCAGCGAGGUCGGUCGAGGAGCCGGGGACUGCGGGACCGGCCGGAGAGGCGUGUGCGCCGGUGUUCGACUGGAGAUCCCGGCAGCAGCAGAACCGGGCGGACCUGAGCAGCCAUGCUUCCCGGGGUGGGCGUGUUCGGCACCAGCCUCACAGCCCGAGUCAUCAUCCCGCUGCUGAAAGAUGAGGGCUUCGCGGUGAAGGCGCUGUGGGGCCGCACGCAGGAAGAAGCCGAGGAGCUGGCCAAGGAGAUGAGCGUUCCUUUCUACACCAGCCGCAUCGACGAGGUGCUCCUGCACCAGGAUGUGGACUUGGUGUGCAUCAACCUGCCGCCGCCGCUCACUAGGCAGAUCGCUGUCAAAACCCUGGGAAUAGGCAAGAAUGUCAUCUGUGACCGUACCGCCACGCCGCUGGACGCCUUCCGCAUGAUGUCAGCGGCCCACUACUACCCGAAGCUCAUGAGCAUCAUGGGCAACGUGCUGCGCUUCCUCCCAGCCUUCGUACGCAUGAAGCAGCUGAUUGAGGAGGGCUACGUGGGCGAGCUGCUGGUGUGCGAGGUGCAGGUGCACAGCGGUAGUCUGCUGGGCAAGAAAUACAACUGGAGCUGCGACGACCUGAUGGGUGGUGGCGGCCUGCACUCCGUGGGCACCUACAUCAUUGACCUGCUCACCUUCCUCACGGGCCAGAAGGCUGUCAAGGUCCACGGGCUGCUCAAGACCUUUGUCAAGCAGACGGACCACAUCAAGGGCAUCCGUCAGAUCACCAGUGAUGACUUCUGCACCUUCCAGAUGGUGCUGGAGGGUGGAGUGUGCUGCACCGUUACCCUGAACUUCAAUGUGCCUGGAGAGUUCAAGCAGGACGUGACCGUGGUGGGUUCCGCUGGGCGGCUCCUGGCGGUGGGCACCGACCUCUAUGGACAGCGCAAUAGCGCCCCAGAGCAGGAGCUGCUGCUUCAGGACACUACAUCCGUGAGCAACUCCCUGCUGCCUGAGAAGGCAUUCAGCGACAUCCCCUCGCCCUACCUGCGGGGCACCAUGAAGAUGAUGCAGGCAGUGCGCCAGGCCUUCCAGGAUCAAGAUGACCGGCGCACGUGGGACGGCCGGCCUCUUACCAUGGCUGCCACCUUCGACGACUGCCUGUACGCUCUUUGCGUGGUAGACACCAUCAAGAGGUCCAGCCAGACUGGAGAGUGGCAGAACAUCGCCAUCAUGACCGAGGAGCCAGAGCUGAGCCCUGCCUACCUGAUCAGUGAGGCCAUGCGCAGAAGCAGGAUGUCCCUUUACUGUUAGCACUGGGACCUGGUGGACUUGACCUGUUUGCUGCGUGGGGCCAGUUAGGAGGAAAUGCACUGUGGAGUGGGUGGCCGUGGGUGGCCGUGGGUGGGGAUUAUGGAAGGGGCAGCAUGAAUGCACAGCAUGUAGGGUGGUCCCCGUCCUAAGUAGAGGGCCCAAGUCACAGGUGAUGGUGGUGGGCCGAUGUCAUAUUCAGAAAGGCGUGCCAUCUUAAUUGGGUAUCUGAUGAGAGGAAGUAUGUUUAACUAGCACCUUUGCAGUCCAUUACUGUGAGAAGCAAGGAGGGGCUGCCCCUUGCCCUACCUCAUCCAUCCACAGACCUUGGCCUUCUUUGCAAGCCAAGGCUGUGUAUCAAAUGAGGAGCUCAGCCAGAGCUAGGCUCUCUGUCAGCGCCCCCCACUGGCAGGAGAGGGCAUUUCAUCAAAUGCCUACAUAGGGUUUUUGGUUUGGUUUUUGGUGGAGGGAGGUGAGGGUGGGGGUGGGAAGGGCGAGCCUUUGAGAAAGUUGUAAUUCCGGGAAGCCACUGUGUGUUUUGCUUUAGGAACCUGCAGGAAAAGUGCACCACUCCCUUGGUUGCUGUCUUCUAGGAAGCAUUAGAUACCUACCUGGCUCGUUGCUGUUAGUGCAGUAUAGAGUAACGGGCAGCCAUGGAGGCGGCAAGCUGUGCCUCUGAGCUGACCAAGAUGGCAAACAAGCUACAAUGAGCUACUUCAGAGUCCUCCUUCAGCAGGGGUGGCUGUGGAUCAACAGUUCUGCCAAGAGGCUCUCUAGGCAGCGCUGAGAACCGCUACAUGUGGCAUGGGCUUAAAACUGCAGCUGCCUGCCUGGGUGGGGCGCCUGCAACCCUGGGUGUAGCAAUAUGAGCGCCCCAAAAGAAGGAAACAUGAGGCCAGCCCCAGAGUCGCUGUAAGCUCCAACUGCCAAGCUGAAGAAAGACAUUUAGGACGGCCAGCUUUGUAGACUUAAACAAGAAGCCUGUGGCUUCACCCCAUAGAGUCCCUUUCCCUUUAAGAAGACUCAAGGCUCUUUUCCUUGCCUUUGGCCUUGGCUCUCAGGAUUCUGACAGCUGGAAACUUCUGAAUAGGUAUUAAAACAAAAAGCCAACAGGGCACAUAGCCCUCAGUGUUUCUAAAACAGGGAUACAGAGCCUGGAGAGGUCUGUACAUAGGUAGAGAAGGUUCAAGUUGGAAAAAACAAACAAAGCUAUCUUUUUCUUCCCCUCCUGUUUGCCUAGUCCCCCCCCCCAAUUUAAAACUAGAGAUGACCAAGUACUAACUGACAGACAGACAGACAGACAGAGACAACGCCUAUUGUCACAUAGGUAGACACGCCUUUGUAAAUGUUUGCUCUCCUCAAGUAUCACUAAAACAUUCGAGUCUGGUCUUGAGAGAAAGAGCAAGUCACAUACAUUUUGAAAAUGGGAGUGUUGCCUUUUCCUUGGCUGGCUUUGCCAACCCUCACCAGGCAGUUUUGAAGCUGGCUAUGUAGACUCUAAGUAGUCGGCCUGAGUCCAGUCAGCGUUCCUCCCUGGGGCCCUGGUAAUUCAGAGACAGUCAUAUUGGAGGCCACACACACCAGCAGAAUCAUGGUCCUUCGCUAGUGUAAAGAGGCAGGUGUUGUCCUUUAAGGAAGCCCCCCUCGCCCCCCCCCCACCAUCAUACAACGUGGUAAAGUCAGUCAACUGAAACCUUCCGAGGCUUUGAUUUGCUGCCACCCCUCAUGAAUAGUGUUCCAGGUUUGCAGUUAUUGGAUCAGAACAGCACUCUUCACAUAGCCACAUCAUAGACGUUUUUAGGGAUCCCUGCUCUCCUAAAUUGCUCCCCGAGUCAGUAAUUCCCCCAUCCCAGCUACCCCAAAAAAGCUGUGAUUAGGGAUGAAAUUGGGGGGCAUGGUGGGUGGCUCUAUGAAAUUCAUUUUUCUAAGUCAUUUACCUAAGUAGAUAUGCGUGGGCAUUCCAUUUCUGGGUUCUCUACUCUCUCCAGGAUAUUUGAGAGCUUUCCUUUUAGAGGCCUUGGAGCUCUGUGAUGCACAUGCAGGGUUUAUACAAAAACUCCCAUUUGAGGCUGGGGGCUAUGGAAAGAAUAUGUAUUCUUUGGAAGAAGCAUGAGAGAACAGUAAGGAUACUGAGGUUCUAUCGAGUGGGACAGAUGGAGAGGCAGUUCUCUGAAAGCAAAAAUGGCGGCACACAGGGCUAGGGGCUUCUUUCAUGCUCCUUCAGCUCCUGCCUUUCCAUGUGCACAUUCUUGAUUGGCUGGAGCAGUGUGAGGCUGAAGCCCCAAGCUCUUGACAACAUUCUGCAGAACAACUUGGAUCUAAGUAAGUCCUGGCAAUAACCCAGCCUACAGAGGCUGUUAGGAGCCUUUCCAGUCAGUUUCCCCUCACCUUGCUCGCUCCCAUCCUUUUAUAAGUACUGCUGAUGGUCUCUACUAAAAGCCAGGGUUCCCAGAGAUUUUAAAGCAGGUAUAUAUAUAUAUAAUAUGUGUGUGUGUGUGUGUAUAGAUACAUACACACACACAUGUAUGGGAAUGCCCUGGGUUUAUCUGCCAAGUUAAGAGUCUAGGACUCCUCUGUGGUCACUGUCAGUUCCUCUAAGACUUAUUCUCAGUGGUAAAGUUGCAUCUUAGUUUUCCUGGCAGCACAUCUCUGGGUCAGGUCUCGUCAGCACUCAAGGUACAGUGCCACCCGGCUCACCCACCGAACACAGUCUUGUAGAUACAUCUUAUCAUCAUCUACAAAGAUAGCAUUGGGUACUGUCUCAUUCCCUCUAUGUAUACAUGAAGAUGUGACAUGCCCAAAGCCACACAAUGAGUGAGCAAAUCGCUGUCUGUACUUGUUGUUCUGGCCGGGAAAGCAUUCCUCAUGGAGCCCUGUAGGGGGCGUGCUCCCACCUCAAGGAGCAACAGUAUAAGAGGCGUGGCCUGGGGUCCACAACAGCCACAGUUGAGCAGGAUGCCAGCAGGUUGGCAGUUACAGCUGCAGAAAAUGUAGUUUUUCACCCCCUUCCCAGAUGGAAAUGUCACUUAGCUGCUUUUAAGCAGACUUUCCCAUGUUGAUGUUUAAGUGACUCAGCAGCCCUCGGCGCUGGAGACUGUCUAAGCAUCAUUGGCUGUCUUGGACUUGGUUGUGGGGCAUAGGAAGAAGACACCCAAGGGAGGAACACAAUGGCCAUGGCCACCCACUUCUUUAGAUUCAGGGUUGGGGAGCCCAUUUUUCCUGAUUUGCAGUUUGUAACUGACGUCUUGUACCUUCAGGGCUACCACACAGGGAAGGGAGGCUCAUCCAGGCCAUUAAGCUGCCUAGCUGAUGAGCUCAGACCUGCACUGCACCGGACAGUAUUCGCUGAGCUGUCACAGGAAGACCCGUAUUUUACAGAUGUGUUAUGUGUUAGGGAUAGAACCCCUAGCUCUGUGCAUGGCAGGCAAGCUCUCUACCGCUCAGCCAUACCUCCAACCUCAAUUAAAUCUUGAAAGUAUUCAGAAAACCUUGUGACAACAACAAAAGGGCAAUCUCUAAUUAUGCAUCUCUGGAGGCUAGGGGACAGAGAGCCAGGUAUUCACCCUGAGAAGAACGCAAGGCCCACUCUACUCAUAGGCUAUUGUCCUAUUGCUGGAUGUGAACUUUCACUCUGACUAGCCUGUGACUCUGGCUCCAUUCACUGGUGAUUUCUUUUGCCCACCAAAACCCCGGAUCUUGCAGGACAGGAUGACACUGGGGAACUAAGUACCUGUCAGACAAUCCUAUUUGUUUCCUUUGGGCAAGGGAGGUGUCAGAAGUCUGAAGUAUGGCUCCAGAGCCAUCCCCAGCACUUGUAUUCUGCUAGCUCACUCCGGUCAGCGUCCAGCAGGUGGGUUACGCUCUGCAUUUAGCUGGGGCUUCUAGAACUUCUCUGCAGUGAUGUGGUUUCCUCAGAGUUUAUCAGUCUGAGUGAUUGCAUUAGUACAAAGAAGCUAGCAGACCCAACUGGCCUUUUCUCCCCUGCAUCAGGGUCCUUAUCUGCUGGAGCCCUUAAGAGGGCCACUGAAGCCUCUGGCUCUCUUCCAGGCGACUGACGCAUUGCACUACUGAGUUCCCUGAAGUCUGCUGCAGCCCCUUGUUUACGCCAGCAGAGAACAGAGUGAUAAGAACAACAUUCGAGUGGACACGCUUGACGCUUAGUGCAGCGUUCAAACCUUGCCUGGACCUGGAAAUUGUCAGGGCCAUAGAGUCCCCUGUCACUGUGUGUCUCCUGUGCCCUGCCCAGCUCUCUGCUGUCCCCUGCAGCCACCACAAGGGCUAGGCUGUCCAAUGAGCCCCAUAGCUUCUAAGAAAUGCAGUGGCUUAUUUGUAGUACUCCGUGACAUCCCAGGUGAAGAAGCAAAAGCCUAUGAUCUGAUCUGAUCUCCUUUAUUCUGCCCUGUCCCUGGUUUAGGGGAGGGAGAACCUUCUAGCAACUACGGCUUUGUUUGCUGCCUGGUGCUUUUAUAGUCUGUCAUUUUUUUUUCAUUUCCUUUUUUUAAAAAAAAAAAAAAAAAAACACAAACCAAAAUUGCAUUGGUUUGGUUGUCAUUGUCUAGUCUAUAUUUAUUGUUUUACAAACAUGGGUGUAUAUGUAUGUAUAUGUAUAAAAACCAAACUUAUAUAUAUAAAAAGUCAAGGCAUGUAUACUAGAUAUUUUAAAGUUAUUUAUCAAAGGGAAAAGAUGUGUGUUAUAAAGUAAAACAGAGUCUAUAUUUUAUAUAUAAUGUAGAUAGUAAAAAAAAUAGCUUAUAAAUUAUAGAAGGUUUUACUUUUUGUUUUCUAUUAUUAAACAAAGAAAUUUAAAAG